UUCCAUUUUUAAUUCACAAUUGACUCACAAUUAAAUCCGACUCUUUUUACUAUUUUAUUACGCGGAUUUUUUUUUCCACCAACAUGGCAACCCUACUGGUCACGCAUCCUGUGGGCGGGGCUUUUCCCUAACCCCGCUGCGGAUUGGAUGUCAGGUCUGAUCUCAGGGCCAAUUAGAACGUUCGGAGGAAAGCGCGGGAGGAGGAAGCACGCGCGAGUGCACAGCCAAUGGCUGCGUCUCAAAUCUCUGUGCCCUGGACCUGUAGUGCGGAACAAAGACACUGACUCGAUGCCUAUGUAGUGCACUUAGUCAGGGACAGAGUGUCGGUUUAAGAUGCAGCCUGUGCAGUCGCCUGAGCCGGGCAGUGUUAUAAUCAGCUAUAAUCAGAGCCAAGAUGGAGGAUUGGAGUCUCUCACAGUCCACACAGAGAAGAACCUUCACAUCGCUCAUUGCGAGUCGGCUCGGGAGGAAGCGGAGGCUGCAGAGUCACAGCGAGCUUCAGGAAGCAUCCAUCAGCCUGAUAAACCACAACCAGAACAUCUCGGCCCUCCUGCAGGAAACAGCCGCAGGUGCAGGAGGUGACACACACACCUGUGAGGUGAGUUCGGCUCUGGACGAUGGGAGUAAGCUCCGUGUUGGAGAGAUCAGAGCUAACGUCCUGGAGUGUGAGCUGCGCAGGCAGGCGGAUGAGCUGUGUGUCCCCGUCUCCGUCCUGUCUGUCAGGAUGGUGAUGGACAGAAUCGCGGCUCUGCAGGGAGACAGAGACUCUGCCAUGAUAAGCUCCGCCCACAAGGCUGAGCUCAUCUUGUUAUUACAUGCGGCCCGAGAGCUGUUAAACGUGGGAGUGUUUAGCCCCAAACUGUUCUGGCAGGAGUACUGGAAAAGUCAGCCUGUGCUGGAAGUGGUGUAUCGUCUGCACACUGAGGAGCUCCUUCCACUGCAAUACACACUGACCAGUGAGUCCGGUGUGUGUGUGUGGUUGGUGUCUCAGUUACAGUCGCUGUGUGAAUGCAGAGUGACGGAGGAAGAAGGAGACGUGCGUCAUCACAUUCUCUCCACUGUGGUGUGUGUGUUGGUCCGUGUUGGGUUUGAGGAUGUUCAGGACUCCAGUGUGUCUCACUCCUGCUGUUCAGUGCUGGACAGUAUGCUCUCCUGGCUUCUGGAUUCACUAGAAAACACACACACCUCACACACCUCACACACCUCACACACCACAGACCCCUCACACACCUCACACACCACAGACCCCUCACACACCUCACACACCACCGACCCCUCACACACCUCACACACCACAGACCCCUCACACACCUCACACACCACCGACCCCUCACACACCACACACACCACACACACUACACACACCACCGACCCCUCACACACCUCACACACCACACACACCUCACACACCACAGACCCCUCACACACCUCACACACCACCGACCCCUCACACACCACACACACUACACACACCACCGACCCCUCACACACCUCACACACCACAGACCCCUCACACACCUCACACACCACCGACCCCUCACACACCACACACACUACACACACCACCGACCCCUCACACACCUCACACACCACCGACCCCUCACACACCUCACACACCACCGACCCCUCACACACCUCACACACCACAGGCCCCUCACAGCGUGUACCAGCUGCAGCAGUUUGGCUCCGUGUGUUCGAGACGUCAGUGUUUGGCGUGUCCGUGUCAGAGGACGCUGUGCGCCGGUUCUUCACACACACGCUCACACACACGCUCACACAUCGGCCCCGCCUCAAAGUGUCAGACGCCAUAGCAAUGCAGAGUCAGUGGAGUUUUGCUAAAACGUCUCCGUUGAUGACAUCACUCCUCUGUAAGGUGUGUGUGGUGUUCAGUAUGGAGGAGGUGUGUUCUCACCUGCAGCAGGUAUUAGAGACUCUGGAAGUGAACUGGCAGAAUGUUCUGUCCUGCAUUUCAACACUGUUGGUGUAUCACACACACACACAGGCCUGCCUCAAAGAGUUGUUGUCCAGGUUGCUGAGCUCAGCGUUUCACUCGUACGAUGUAGAGAAGAUGAUCACUGCCUUCCUGUUAGCUCGACAGGGGGCGCUAGAGGGUCCCGCCAUUUUUCCCUCCUACAGCGACUGGUUCAAGAUCUCCUUUGGUGGGGCGAGUGGUUACCAUGGUAACAGUAAGAAGUCACUGGUGUUCCUGUUGAAGUUCCUGUCUGACCUCGUGCCCUUUGACCCCCCGCAGUACCUGAAGGUCCAUGUCAUGCACCCACCCUAUGUCCCGGGGAAACACCGCUCUCUCCUGCAGGAGUUUAUCUCUCUGUCCAGGACACGCCUCUCUGACCUCAAGGUUUCUGUUGAGCAGAUGGGUAUGUAUGAGGUGGUCUCAGGUGCUGCAACUGAGGUUCAGCCAGAGUGUGUUGCACAGCAGGAUGUGGAGAAAGCUCUAGCGUUGUUUCAGAGCACUGGCAGGAUCUCAGCCACUGUGAUGGAAGCCAGUAUAUUCAGACGGCCGUAUUUUCUGUCCCGAUUCCUUCCUGCUCUGUUGACACCACGUGUGCUUCCAGAGAAACCUGAUAAUCGCAUGGCCUUCAUUGAGGCUCUGAGGAAGGCAGAGAAGAUCCCAGCUGCCCUGUACUCCUCCUACACUGAGUCCUGUAUGAGACAGCAGCAGGGAGAAGGUGUGUGUGACGCACAGGAGCAGGACCCUCAGGUUGGUGUUCACACUCAGUUGCUGCAGCUGAGGAGGUUAUUGUCUACUGGAGCUGCUGAAGGAGAGGUGCGAGCGCAGGUCGCCCUGCUGUCUCAGACGCUGAGCCGUGUGUGUGAUCACCUGGACCAGCAGCGCGAGUGUGAGAGCAUAACGCUGACCCUGGACCCACACACUCCUUCACACACACCUCCUGUUGUAAAUGUGAUCCUGCAGGGUUUCUGUGAGUGUGUGCUGGCUGCGUGUAGAGUCGCUCCUCCAAACAGGCAGUGUCAGUGGGUUGGAGUGUUUCUGAAGAUGUUAAUAGGACACACCCAGCUGUACACACACAUCCUGCACAGACUUCUGCAACUACUGUACCUCCAGGGGCCGUCUCUCUCCCCCGCCCAUGUCCUGGCCCUGGCGGUGCUGGUGGUGGAGCUGCAUGUGUGCAGAGAUCAGUCUCCCCCAGUGCACCUGUCUCACUCCACCUGUCUCACACACUCCACCUGUCUCACACACUCCACCUGUCUGUCUCCAUCCGAGGCCCUGAGUGAUGCUUUACCUUUUUCCACUGCGAGUGGCAUGGAGUUCUGUCUCAGGUUCUGUGUGGUGGCAGUGUGUUAUGCUCUGUGUAAAUCCACUUCACACACUGAGGAGCUCACACACUUCAUCCCCUCUCGCCUCUAUAAACGGUUGCUGUUCCUCAUGCCGAGGCUUGUGCCAGAGCUGCGUUCAGGUGUGUUAGCAGCAGAGAGACAGAACGAUGACGAUGAUGAUGAUGAUGGUGGUGAUGAUGAUGGUGAUGAUGAUGGUGAUGAGUGCGCUGAUGAAGAGGAGUGUGUGUGUGCUUGGGCGAGUGUGACGGACUGCAGGAGGAGUGUGAGGAGCUCUGUCAAAGCACUGUGGGGACACACCACCAUCAGGAACCUGCAGAAACACCCGGAACACCAGUUGUCGUUCUCUGAGUGGCUGAUGUUCGAGCUCCGAGUGCAGCGCAGUCGAGAUGCUCUGACUGAUACAGAGAGGCAGGUGUAUGAGCGGUGGGCGUGUCUGCAGUGGUUCCUCCCUCUGUGUGUGAGCGCAGGAGGCUGUAAAGGAAACACGGCAACAGCGUGUACACACAUAAUCAACGCUGUGCUGGAUGCAGGUGUGUCUCCAGUGCCGUAUUCCCCAGCUCCACCUCACACAGACUCCUGUUGUGUAGACGUUCUGGCCAGACUGCAGGAGCUGCUGUGGGAGCUGCAGUUCACACGCAGCAGUAGAGUGAGAGAGGAGGGUCUCUUCCUGUGGGAUCUGAUAGAUCAAAGGUGCUCAGUGACCUUUGAACCCAAGAACAUCAGCUCUGAGCUGGAGCUCCAGAGAACGCUGCACACCUGCAACAGUGUGAUCCUCGCCGUUCCGUCUCCGCUCCUGGUGUGUGUGUGUGCUGCUGGAGGAAGAAGCAUACUGGACUGCACAGCGCUCAUGGAUCAUAUAAAUAAUCAUCAGAGGAGGGUGUGUUCUCCUGCCGGGCUUCUUUCCUGCUCCUUGACGACCCACUUCCUCUCAGCUGUGCUCAGUGCGAGUGUGAGUUGUGAGUCUCCUGUUGAAGCCGUUAAUGCGACUCUGUCUCAGCUCAGUGUGCACUGCCCCCUUCUGCUGCUGGCUGCUGCGCGGUGGUGGGGGUGUGUCUCUCCGGUGUUGUGUUCUUUGUGGGAGCGUGUGAUUGGAGGGCAGCAGCCUGAAAUGCUACAGCUACUGACCAACUGCACUCAGUGGGCCAGCAGGUGGGUGAGGCGUCUCCCAGGUGCUCUCCCCUCGGCUCCUGCGCUGGUGUUAGCGGUGUGUGUGCACCGAGCGGUAGAACAGCAGGGCGGCGAUACUGAGCGAGUUAAAGCUGAACUUACUCUGAUACAGCAGCACAGAGAGGUGCUGGUUUUUCUGCUCUUCUUCUACAUAACAGACCUCCUCUCUGAACACCUUUCACCACAGGCUGGCGGGAGUGUGAGUCGUGCUCAAGGCCUCAGUGUUCAUCUCGUCACCCUGCUGGCCGACUCGUCUGAUUGGCUGUCCCUGUUCCACCAAUCAGGGCGCAAAGAGCGCAAUGCCUACGCGAGGCUCGUCUCCAUGGUAACCACAGACCUGUGUGCGCGGCUGAUGCCGUUUGCGUUGUUCAGCGUGUUGGCGGAUGUCGAUGCGAGUGUGUUGAGCAGACUGAUGCUGACCCCAGGGUUCCUCCCCCCAGCUGUGAUGUCAUACACCGCGCUGAUGAAGCUCUUCCUGCUCGGACACACUGCAGACGUCAGGGCCGACACACUGCAGCAGAUCCUGUGUGGAGCUCAGCACAUUGUUCUGAAGAGCAUCUCUUUGACUCGCCCAGGCUCCAUCACACACAGCCAGUUAAGACAGAUGGAGGAGGAGUGUAUGGAGCUCGACCCCGAGGUGGCAGCUGCGCUCUCGGCUCUGAUGAACCCUGAUGACCUUUGACCUGCAGGACUUCUCGGUGAUGAGAAGACUUCUCCCGUUUGUCACUUUGUCGCUCAUGAUGAACUCUGAGCUCUGCAGGAGGAUUGUGGGUAAUUAUAGCGAGCUGCGAUUGACAUGGACACGCAAAGGAAUUCUGGGAAGUCCGCUCGGCGCAGCAGGAAACAGGAAGUAAACAGACUUGACUGUUCUGUGAUGAUGUGAAUGCAAUAAAACACAGUGAUGCAGUGAAGUGCA